UUGUUUGCUUAGUUUACUUACGCAACUCGAGUCUUUUUUGUAAUAUUUUCUACAUACAUUUUUUUGUAUAUUCUUAAGCAUCCCCCAAAGUAUCAUAAAAGAGAGGAUAAAAAUAAAAAGGGGAAAGUCAGGAAGAAAAAGAGAGAAGAAGAUAGAAUGUCAACAACAGCAGAAACUACGAAUUUAAAGAAUGUGACAGCACCCGUGUCGGCAGCACAGCUAAAGACAUUUCUUGUCGAAGCACCCAUCAUGUAUAAAAGCCGUUUACACUCUGGAGCAGAAAAACAUAUACUUACGAAUUGUUAUCGAUCACUUUGGAACAAUGAUCCUGAAUGGUUACAACAAUACUUCUUUCAAGAAGGACUCACAGACAGUGACAACCUUUCAUUGUUACUAGAAAAAUACAAUUUAUUUGGCUCAAAAGAGCAUGAUAUAUCUGAUAUAAGGCAUGAGAAUCCGUUAGUAGACGAUACAAAUGAGCCUGAAUAUUGGGAGACUCAACGUGGGAAACAAUGUGGCCACUUGUUUAAAAGAGGCGAAAGUGUCUAUCGUUGCAGAAACUGUGGAUUGGAUGAUACUUGUGUUAUGUGCUCAAAAUGUUUUCAUGCAACAGAUCAUGACGGUCACGAUGUAAAGAUUUGGAUAAGCAGAGGAGCAGGUGGUUGCUGCGAUUGUGGUGACCCAGAAGCUUGGAAGGUCCCUCUUAACUGUAAAAUUCAUUCUCUGCAGUCUUCUUCAACACAGAUACCCAACACAUCUAUCCAUCAACUUGAACCUCUAUCAUCUGUACCACCCGCUCUAUUGAGCUCCGUUCGAGAAACAAUCACCGUCAUCGCAGACUAUAUCUUGGAGACAUUUGCUGCUUCACCUGAGGAUGUCAUGUCGAUUGGUUCGGUUGAAUCCAUAAAACAGGACUGUCUUGUUUCACAUCGAGCAUUAGGUCUACCCAUCGAUUUAGAGACUCAAUCAUACGCCUGCAUUUUAUGGAAUGAUGAAAAACACUCUUUUGAUGAUGUAAUUGCAGUCGUGAAAAAUGCAAUCGGCUGUACUCACGAACAGGCUGAAGUGAUAGCUCAAUCUGUCGAUAGGUACGGACGACACAUCGUGAAGGAAUCCAAAGAUAUUCAAAGCUUGAUCACAGCCGCCAGCAUCAUCGGCUCCAUCGGCUUGGCUGUCACUAUUUGUUCAGUGCAUAAAACAGUUCGUGAAGAAAUUGCUGGUCUUUUAUUGGACUGGUUAAAGGAAUUGGUCAGCGGUCGAUACAGGUUUUUUAAUAACGUAGAAGGCGGUAAUACAAUCAUACGAGAUACUAUCUGUCAAGUUCUCUCUACUGAUUGGGCCCUUCGACCUGACCUUGCCAGAUUGUCUACACGCUACAGAAGAGCUAGAAUGCCAGAAGAAGAAGACGAUUCAUUCGAAUUUGGUGAUGAAGAUGGUGGUAUGGAUAGCGAUGGUGAUGAAAUCAUGUUUGACGCUGAUAAUGUUAUCGAAGAAGAUAUUGAAGAAGAGUUUGAAGAAGAUGACGAAGGAGAAGAACAUGAAGAAGGCGAUGAUGAAAGUUCUUCCAAUAGCGAGACACAUAGGCAUCUGGAAUUUAUCAUGGGGCAUCACCUUGAAUGGCAUCGCAAUGCUAGUGAAAGGUUAGCAGAGGAAGCACGACUCCAUGUGGACGCAGAUAGGUUGCACGAAGAGCGUGACCAAGAGAUCCUCAAGAGACGUCGAUCCUCUUCAUCGUCUCAGCCAAAGUCACACAAGACGCACAAACCAAGAGAUAUAUUGGAUAUGGAAUGGAAUCUGGAUGCUUGGUUAGAUUAUACCGACAAGUUGGAGUUGGCUGAGCGACAGAUUGCAAAGGAUAUGGGUGUGCCAUUGACGAAUCAUGGGGCAACAAAGAGCUCGGCUGAAAUCAAUAGCAACUUGAAAAAAGAAUUCAGACGUAAACUUCGUCUGGAUUACAUCUUGCAAUUUGAUCUUAGACUAUGGAAGACGGCUCGAAUGGAUAUCAAAGACUUGUUAAUCGGCACCUUUAUCUCAAAUUACGAAUAUAGACCUAUCCUCGGUGUUCGUUUUGCACGUAACUACCCUGAAUUGAUUGAUGCAUUCUUUUUCAAGGACAGAGAACCUGAAAAUUCUGUGAGUACACUGUCCGUUCAACUCUUAACUGUGCCUACAGUCGCUUCUAUACUCGUCAAAGACUACAAGUUCUUUGGCAUGGUAUGUUCUAUUCUAUCCAACUUUUUCUUGACCGAUCGUAUUCAUAUGAUCUUGCCUGAAGAUUAUUCGCAAGCCCAAGUGGAUUCUUCAUUUAGAGCGAUUGCCCGUCACCGCUAUGCCUACACGAUCUAUGACUUGCGAUAUGUCAUGAAUGCCGAACAAGUGAAAUUGGAAAUUUCAAAGAGUCCUCUGUAUCUUCGCCAUUUUAUCGACAUGCUCUAUCAAUUCCAAGCCAUGGAUCCCUUAAAGCGUCAAUCAGAUGCCCAUGUAGAGUAUGAAUCAAAUACAUGGAUGAAUGCCUUUAAUGUCACCUUACAAAUCGUUAAACUCUGUCGACUGUACGCAGCCUGUUUUGAUGCUCUUCAAUCUGAAAUUCCCAUCGUACAUGCAUCCUAUAAUCUUUGCCGUACCGUCUACCGUGUUUUAAAGGCUAUUCGUGACUGGAACCCUCGUCUGUCUCCUGCGUCUCUUCCUUAUCCAAAUAUAGCUCAGAAUAGAAUUAUCAUCAAAGGCAUAUCAGAGCAGAAAUAUCAUCAAGUCAGUACACCUCAUGUAGGUCCUUUUGAUAUCAUUGACUAUGAUGUCACAGUUCAGCCUGUAUCGUUCCAUCAUCCUUUCCACUGGCUUCUAUCCGAAUUGUUUGAAAAUGUGUCCUUGCUAUAUGAUGAAGUGUUGGCCGAGAAUGGUUGGAUUGGCGGAUUUAAGCAAAUGGUGAAUAAUGCACUUCAGGAUGAUCGCCGUGCUACUUUUCUGGAUAUACUUGAGUAUCCUAUUCGUACACUUACCAUCUUAUCACAGAUCAACUGUGGUGCUUGGGUAAGGAAUGGCUAUGGUAUCCGUAAUCAGUUCCAUACGUACAGAGAUAUCAACGUUAGAGAGAAUACCCUAGAUCGCGACAUUUUCUUACUCCAAGUUGGAUUUGUUGUCUGUAAUAGCGACCAACUACUACUGACGUUAAUUGACAGAUUCCAACUUCAAGAUUGGUUUAAAGGAAAAUGGAACAAAACGCAUCCUGUUUAUGACUCACCACAAAAGACCUUUAUGGUAGAAGAGCUGCUGUAUCUGUUGAUCGUCAGUGCUACUGAACAUGGUUAUGCAUCAGGAACAUCCACUGAACAACGUAUUCGUCGUGCUAUCAUUCAAUACCUUGGUCUUUCUAGUCUCUCCUACUCAGAACUACUCAAGUUAAUCCCAGACACUCUCACUGAACACGAAUCAUUUGAAGCUGAACUCAACAAGGUUGCCAAUUUUAGAGCACCCGACGGUGUCAAUGACAAAGGCAUGUACGAAAUCAAGCCUGAGUGUUUGGACGAGAUUGACCCUUACUUCUGGCACUACACACGUAACAAGCGCGAAGAGGCACACGUCGUGCUGAGAAAGCGCUGGAACCAACUGCAUCCUGAAAAUGCGUUGGACGAUAAGGAAGAAUUCCUUGCUCAACCCAAGAUUCACCGCAUUGAAAAGGGGCCCUUCAGACAUCUUAAUAACUUUUUACAUUCCAAAGUGUUUUGUCAGAUCCUGAUUUAUGCCUUAUGGAACUCAAAGAUUGCCAAACAAGCCAAAAGUGAGACAAUAUUGGACGAAGCGCUUUACCUUGGUAUACUUGCUGUAACAGACGUCAAUAAUGAACAAAGUGAUAUAGAUCCCUUUAUGGAUACAUCAGGAGGCUUUGUUGAAAAUGCUACAGAGAAUGAAUAUGCUAUACAAGUGAAUGAGAUCGAACGAGUUCAUUCUACGUUGCUAUCCGUGCUCAUACACUGUGUGGAUGACAAGGAGCUUUCUCAUACUCAUAAGCGGUUAUGCUUCAUCAUUGACAAGAUUGAGCAACUUGGCAAUCAAAAGACCAAAGAUAUGAUUGGCGAGUGGAAAGAGAGAAGAAGCAAGCAGAUUUCUUUUGAUAACCAAGGCAACUCAAGUGGCGAUGGCAUGUCCGAAUACGAACGUAAGAAAGCAGCUGCUAAAGCGCGUCAAGCAGCCAUCAUGUCCCAAUUUGCACAGGCUCAGUCCAAAUUUAUGGAACAGCAUGCAGAUUUGUACAAGGAUGAAGAAGAAUUUAAAGAUGCUAUGGAUGAAAUUCCUGCAAAUGAUGACUUGAUGUCCUCAGCUAACGAAUUUGAAAUUGUACGCAAGUGUCAUUUCCCUACUGAUAACUGCAUUGUAUGUCAAGAAGAAAUGGAUGGUUCCAAACUGUACGGCAUGCUUGGCCUCGUCCAGCGUUCUAAUGUCCAGCGACUUUCACCUGUGACCAAGGACGUUUGGUCUGAUAUACUUGACACAGGCCUUCAUUCACAUAACCCUUGGGGCCCAAGAGAGGAGGCAAGCAAUGAUAAAGAAACGCAUUUUACUGCAUUCCCUACCAGCUCACACGUGUCUGGUGUCGAUAUUUCCUCUUGUGGUCAUUUAAUGCAUGCUGAAUGCUUUGAAACAUACCAGCAAUCUGUAGAUAAUCAAGACUUUAUGAGUCGUCUUUCACUUACAAGAUCACCCAAAGGCCGAUUCCUAUGUCCUCUCUGUAAAGCACUGGGCAACGUGUUGGUUCCGAUCGUCUGGAAAGGCAAAAAGGAGACUUACCCUGGUGUCAUGGCUCCCUCUACAUCUUUUGAUGAUAUGGUAAAAUCGCUGCUUGAAGUAGCUGUUGAUGCUAGUGAGAAGGUUGCAUUCAAAAGAAGGACAGGUCUCCCUCAGGACUCCAACCUGGUUAUAGCUGAUGAGGAAAGGCUCAAGUAUCUCUACAACAAAUUGAUCAGAGCCAUUUAUAAAGCGACAGGGGACGAAUCUGGCGAAUUUGUAACAGAUUUGAAGGAUUCUUUAUAUUAUCUAUAUGAUAUGUACGCAUAUACCAUCAGUAACUUUGAAGUGGCGCAAAGAGGAGCAGAGAAUACACGAGCGAGGGACCUGAUGGUGGAGCAUACAGGAACAUUUAUCGAUGAUAUAUCAAGGACAUCACAGACACUCUUAAAGAUUCUGUCAAUGACAAAUGGACUAGUGCCCAAACUGAUGGAGUCUCCCUGGCAGACCGAUGAUCACCAAGUGGCAGAAAGCGUUUUACUUGAACAGCUGUAUCAGUUCAUCUCAGGCCCGGAUAAGCCCAGUACAGUGCCAGUAUUAUCAGAUGAUCCAUUCAAGGUCCUGGUUCGUCUUGGUUUCCUUGUUGCAGAUUACCCAGAUGUGCAAGCACAUCAUCUGAUGCGUGCUCUUUAUCUAGCCGAUCUGACAAAGACUGUGAUUGGCAUUGCUCAAGUCAUGUGUGAUAAUGAGAGACUCUUCAAGGAUACCAGGUUGAAUGAACUACUCACUACUCUCUGUGACAAUCAACAGCAACAAGUCAAGGGAGUAGAUGGUGCCAAGCGUUUUAUAGAACACGUUCUUUCAUCUAUAGGAUUUCCUCAUGUCAAGACAGUGUUUGACAGGUUAAAUCCCAAGGGAUUUACUGCACUUCUUCGCUUGUUUACUUUGCCCUAUCUUCGCAAAUCGCUGCUAUUGAUGACAGUACAUCAUGGAUUUAUCCCACAAAGUCCAAGCUCAACAGAUGCUAUGGAAGAAGGAUCACAAAGUGAAUAUGAUCGUCUAUUGGAGACGUUGAAUCUUCCCAGUUUUGAAACCAUCUUCAACUUUACAAGUACUGAUCAGGAACUACUCAACUACUGGUGCCAGGACUUUUUGGACAGGAAUGGAACACAUAUAUCACUGAACUUGCCCAUUAAGUAUCGUUUAACGACAUUACCUUAUCGUCUGGAUGUUUUGCUUGAUGAAAGCUCGAAACGCAUCUGUCGUAAAUGCAACUCUGUUCCUGAACAUUCGGCCAUUUGUUUGAUUUGUGGUACGUUUGUAUGUGCUCGUCGAUUCUGUUGUACGGAAGGAACUAAAGGCGAAUGCAACGUUCAUAUGAAGAGCUGUGGAGGUGAAAUUGGAAUAUACAUGAUGAUCAAAGACUGCUUCUUAUUACUAUUACAUGAUAAUGGAGGUAGUAUUAUGAAUGCACCCUAUCUCGAUAGUCAUGGAGAGGCCGACAUAUUCUUUAAGCGAGGUGCACCACAGUAUCUCAAUAUGAAAAGAUAUGAACAGAUUAGACAAAUGUGGUUAACACAUUCUAUACCUUCAUUCAUCAGAAGAAGGAUGGAAGCAUCACAAACGACAACAGCUUGGGAGGCAUUUUAAAUUCAUUCUUUGUACAGUGAAGCAAUAAAAUA